CAAAAAACAAAAAUGAUCAUAUGACCGAGCUGCUUCGACCAGGCGCCAAAUUAUCGUCGAAAUUCGCCGUAAAUAUGCGGUAGCCAUGGACGAAACUGAGGAGAAUGAAAGGCAGCCUUUUGUCUUGUGCGAGCUAGACAAUUUAAAACACGUCCUCCAACCUCUGAAGUCAACACAACGAAUAAGGUACACAUGUUUUGGCCUGUCUCAAAAGCUGCUAGUUUUCGGAGCAACCAGUGGCGGUUUGUACAUUUUUCGAAGGGAGCCCUGCACCUUUCUUCACCUCAUCCCCAGCAAGGAUGGCGCCAUUGUCAAGGUGGCUGUUUCUCCGGACGAGAAAGUCCUGGCCUACGCCACUAACAAAGGGGUUGUCAUCCUGCUCGAGCACAACGUUCUCCAGUCCUCGUCGGCUGCAUCUCGGAGGUUGCAAACUUCAAAUGAACAUUUAGGCGCGGAGGUCACAACACUUCAGUGGAAUGCAACCAGCGAUGACCUUUACAUCGGAGACAACACAGGAAAAAUCUCACUUCUCUGCGUUUCUGUUUUUACAGCCAAAAAUAUUUUCCAAACUCCGUCAAUGCAACUGAUGCAACUUGACUCGAGCAUCGUACAGAUGGACUUUGCGCACGGCCUGCUUCUUAUUUCAACCCUCACUCGCUGCUACCUGUCCGACACCGAAAAAGAGCAGUACAAACAAGUAGGCCAAAAACUGCGCGACGGCGAAUUCGGUGCCUGCUUUAUCUGCAAGAAAGAAGACUCGAAACAACCAAAUGAACCUCUGGCUCCACCCCCAACUGCCCAAGUAUCAGCCAACACCUUUGACCUGAUUGGAAUCAACGAAAGUCUACCCUUCAGGGUUAAAAGCAAGUUGAGAAUUUUCUGCGCCAGACCAGGUUCGCGCCUUUGGGAGGUCAACUGUGAUGGUUCGGUCAUGAGCACCCAUCAACUGAGAGAGGCCCUCUCGACAAAAGCUCCUACAAAUAUAGUUUCCACCCACAUCUCGCCUGCGGAACAGACACUCCCGGAAACCAUAAAAAGCAGUUUUAAUUUUCCCCAACUGAAUGCGAUUGGGGAUAAAUUUUUAUUCACGUUUCGACAGGAUGGCUUAUACAUUUUUGAUCCGGACAAUUCACUUGUUGUGCUUUGGAGCAACUCGAUAACCAACAUUUCGGACGCACAGGUCUGGGAGGACACGAUUUAUGUGUGGCGGAAGUCGGGAGAGAUGCACGCCCUACAUUUCCAGCCAGUGGAAAAAUGCAUCCUCAAGUUGUACUUCAAAAAGGAGUACGCGAUUUGCGCGCAGCUGUGCCACAAGUACCUGGACCACUUGGUGCGAAUAGUUCCGUCUGCCCGCAAACUCCACUUCAUGGCUGACCUGGCCGAAAAGCUUUCCGACCACACUGAUUUGAGGCAGAGCAUUUUGCCUCUCACUUCGGAAAUUCUCAAAUUCCUGCCAUCGAGACAAACAAGAGGACAGAAAAUGAAAAGUGGAAUCUACAGAAUCGGCAACAGCAUUGACAGUGAUGAGGAGGGCAAAAGUUUGCGCAUCCUCGGCAGGUCAAGAAAAGGGUCUGAGAGGUCACGUUCUCUCAGCGCCUCGCCCAAGAGGAGAGCGGCCAGUCAAGGCAAAGUGAAAGAAAUUCCUAGGAAUAACAGUGCCCAGUCUUUGCCUGCACACGCAGAAAACAAAAUAAUCACCUUGGAAGAAUCGCCUUUCAACUUAAUGACCCCUCCGGAAACGAUUGCCGCCCUGCAAGACUUGACCAACAUUCUGUCAAGCAAGCUGAAGAGGCAGUGGAUGGCCUUGGAGGGGAAAAUGAAAUAUUUUAGUCAGGAAGUACCAUUGCUAGACGUAGGUGGUAAAAUUAAUGGAGGAGAAAAACAUCAGACCGAGCAGACUGAAAACGACGGACUGGAAAUUUUGAUUCCCAAUGGACGGUCGCCCAUUUCGACCAAGCAAAAUGGAUGUGAUGGGCCAAAUAUGGACAAAAUCAAAGAAGCCAUCAAGUCGGAAAACUUUGAACAAAUUUUAACUAGUUGCAUAGUUACCUUUGAAAACUCAUUCCCCAAGCAAUCGGAAGCUUUUCCAUUCAAAACCGCCCUUAGCAAAUCAGAACAAACCGCUGUGCAAAACGCACUGCACCAUUCAUUCGAAACAAAAUAUAUUUUAAGUCUGCUGCCCUCAAGUUGCGAUUUAAAACCUGACUCGGACUACCCGGACGUUUUCAAAACCAUUCACUCUGACCAGGACCUGCUAUUGGACACACUUUUGAGCAAACUAGUCACCUCUUUUGGAGAAAUCUUGGACGAAAAUGUUAUUCUGCAAGACCUGAUCGGCUUGGGCUUGCCCUGCUAUUUUAUGAGCUGGUGCGCCGUCCUCAAUUUUUUCCAGCCGCAAGUCCUCAAGUUCAUCACGAGCGAGUCCAGAGACGCCAUCCGGCAGGCCAUCACAAACCACACUUGUCCCCUGCCACGCCUGCUGAAUGUAAUGUACCUUCUGCUGCGCGUCUCGAGCAACGAGGGCAUUGACAUUUGUCUCUCUAUCGGCGAAAACGUUGCCCUGCGCGACUUCUGCUAUGUCGUGCUGAAACUGCAGCAGCACAAAAUCACAGCCGGGAAUGCUAGUCAGAACAUUCAACGCUACUGCCAGAACGUGUUGUUGUCGUUCCUCACCAAAAAGUCAAUUGCCGAAGACUGCCUAUUGGAGGAUGUGCAUGUUUACCACUUGGCCAUGGAGGCCUUCGUCAAUUUGAACAAGAUCGGACCCGUUUCGGCCUGCAACUGCGGUCACCCUCUGCCUGGUGGUUUGAGAAAAUACCCUUUGCAGUUCAUGUUUGUCGGAAAUUUGUUGCUGCAACUUUUGAAAAAAACAAACGUCGACCAGUACUUAGGCGUUUGCCGCAAGUUGGGUCUUUGGAAGGAGUUGAUCAAUUACAAAUUAGAGCACGGGAGUGACCUGAACACCCUUCUGCCUCUGAUUCUGCAAUUGGACAGUGUCCAUCUAUUUGAAGACUAUCUUCCCCAGUUUGUUUCAUCUCAUUUUAACUAUUUACUGCAAGCAAGAAGAAAACUGGAUGAAUCAAAAAGCUGCUUAAACUGUGGCACGCCAAUCGAUUUAAAAGAAAGUAAUCUCGACUGGACAUUCAUCGGACAAUGUGUAAUAAAAGUGAUGGGUCCGGAGAAAGCAAUCGACCUUUUGUCAAUACAAGCUGGACCGGGCCAGACCGGACUUUUGAAAAAGAGCUUUUUCCAGUCCUGCAUAUUUGCCACUCUCCUGUCAGAUGCGCCCAAAAAAGCUAACAAAGCUGUGGAGUUGAUGCAAAAAAGUGACAAUUCGAAAAAUCUUUUCUCGUCAGAGAUUGGCAGCAAAGUGAUGGAGGCACUGAGUAAAGAUCUAUCACUGCAGGGUGUCUUGCCCAGCGAUUACAUGCCGCCUUCCACUUCCGACAGCCAUCACUGGGGAGUCCAGGUCCAACUGUGGGACCAAAAUUGUCCUCGAUGCUCCCUUCCAUUUGCAGACAGCGUUCUCUUGAAAAAGAGCGGAGUCAGAAUUUUCCCUUGCUCUCACGCAUUUCACGUCGCCUGUCUUGGCAACACCCCAACUGAAUGUUUAAAAUGUAAAGUCAAAGAAAUUAUCAAUGUUCAUUGAUACUCGAAUGUGAUGAAAAAUUUUUAAAUUUUAACUUGCUUCAUCUACAACGACCGGGAAUAACAGGAACACGUCUAUUUACCUGCUCAAGAAAGAUGCAUGCCUUGAGCUUGCGCAAUAAUUCAUUAAUCACAAUUACAUCACUUUAACCUUUUAAGCCGCUUUAAGCCUAAAUCCCUCUUUACAAUACUCAUUGGUGUUAUUCCAUAUUUUUGUAGACACAGAAUCAAAUAUGGCCGAAUUAAAAUUUUAAGGAAAGAACUGAGCUGAAAGAUAUAAUUAUACUUUAUUUUGUUGAAAUUUGAUGGGAAUGUUCACUUGAAGUUGUGAUAUAAUUUUUGCACUUGCAAGUAGCGACUUUAUUUUGUGUUUUCAAUAAAAAAAAGUCUGAACUGUAAAA